CCUGCCCUGCUUUGCACACGAGAGCCAGUGUGGGGCUGAUAACGCUGCGGAUGCGUUGGUGGCCGCCUUGCAGAGCGAGACCUGCACUUAACUUGCAGCUGCCUCCCGAGCGGGGCUUCAAGAUGUCCACGCCCCGGGUGACAGCCGGCGGGGCGCUGCCCUGGGCUCGGGCGGCGAUGCUGAACCGCAGCCUGCAGUGAGAGCCCGCAGCCGCCGCUGCCGCCGAGCAACCUCAUGUAACGGCACAGCCAACAAGAUGAACGGCGCUUUGGAUCACUCAGACCAACCAGACCCAGAUGCCAUUAAGAUGUUUGUCGGACAGAUCCCCCGGUCCUGGUCGGAAAAGGAGCUGAAAGAACUUUUUGAGCCUUACGGAGCCGUCUAUCAGAUCAACGUCCUCCGGGACCGGAGUCAGAACCCUCCCCAGAGUAAAGGUUGUUGUUUCGUAACAUUUUAUACAAGAAAAGCUGCACUUGAGGCCCAGAACGCCCUGCACAAUAUUAAAACUUUACCUGGGAUGCAUCAUCCCAUUCAGAUGAAACCUGCAGAUAGUGAAAAGUCAAACGCUGUGGAAGACCGAAAAUUAUUCAUAGGAAUGGUUUCGAAGAAAUGUAAUGAGAAUGAUAUCAGGGUGAUGUUUUCUCCAUUUGGCCAGAUAGAAGAAUGUCGGAUCCUCCGGGGACCCGACGGGCUGAGUCGAGGCUGUGCGUUUGUCACAUUUUCUACAAGGGCAAUGGCACAGAAUGCAAUCAAAGCCAUGCAUCAGUCUCAGACCAUGGAGGGCUGCUCCUCGCCCAUCGUAGUCAAGUUCGCGGACACCCAGAAGGACAAGGAGCAAAGGCGCCUCCAGCAGCAGCUGGCACAGCAGAUGCAACAGCUCAACACUGCCACCUGGGGGAACCUGACGGGUCUGGGCGGCCUCACCCCACAGUACCUGGCGCUUCUGCAGCAGGCCACCUCCUCCAGCAACCUGGGUGCGUUCAGUGGCAUUCAGCAGAUGGCCGGCAUGAAUGCUCUGCAGCUGCAGAACCUGGCGACGCUGGCGGCGGCCGCAGCCGCGGCCCAGACCUCAGCCACCACCACCAAUGCAAACCCUCUGUCCACCACGAGCAGCGCCCUGGGAGCCCUCACCAGUCCCGUGGCUGCUUCAACCCCCAACUCCACUGCUGGUGCAGCCAUGAAUUCUUUGACCUCUCUUGGGACUCUGCAAGGACUGGCGGGAGCCACUGUUGGACUGAAUAAUAUUAAUGCACUCGCAGGUACCAUAAACAUUGCUCAAAUGCUCUCAGGUAUGGCGGCUCUGAAUGGAGGACUUGGCGCCACGGGCUUGACGAAUGGCACGGCGGGCACCAUGGACGCCCUCACCCAGGCCUACUCAGGGAUCCAGCAGUACGCGGCGGCCGCCCUGCCCACUCUGUACAGCCAGAGCCUGCUGCAGCAGCAGAGCGCCGCAGGCAGCCAGAAGGAAGGUCCAGAGGGUGCAAACCUCUUUAUUUACCACCUUCCACAGGAGUUUGGAGACCAGGACAUUCUGCAGAUGUUCAUGCCUUUUGGAAAUGUUAUCUCUGCUAAAGUCUUCAUUGACAAACAGACCAAUCUGAGCAAGUGCUUUGGCUUUGUUAGCUACGACAAUCCGGUGUCUGCACAAGCUGCUAUCCAGGCUAUGAAUGGCUUUCAGAUUGGCAUGAAACGCUUGAAGGUGCAGCUGAAGCGCUCCAAAAACGACAGCAAACCUUACUGAUCCUAACCCCAGAGGCUCCCUGCUCUUAUUUUAGCUUUCUUAGGGUAAGUCCCACAAGCCAGCCUGUUCUCAACAGGAAAGGCAGAGGAGGACCACAUUGCCAACUUUUACCAAGAGAGACGGUUAUUUUUACAAUAAGGCCUCCAUGUCCCCUCCCCCUCCCCCCACCCAGUUCGCCAUAAUUAAAACUUGGGCUACCUUGUUUCUAUCGAGUAAAACUCCUCUUCCACUUGUGCCACUGUAUUCUCCUUUGUUUUGCAAUUUGAAUCUCCUUUGACCUUUUUUUUUUGUUUUGUUCUCGUUUUUUUGCUUUUUUUUUUUUUUUAAAGAAAAACACACAUAAAUAAAUGACAUCUUGAGAAUUUAAAAGGCAAACAAAAGGCUAACGUGCAAUUCUAACUCUGAGACCCCUGGUGCCCCAGAGCACUGCCUGGAGAACUCACCCCUCCUGUCCGCGCCCAGCCCCUAGGAGGGCGCCAACCGUUUAGAGGCUAAGGUGGUGACCUAGCGCGAGAGAGAAGCCAGGAGAAGCACUUAAAAACAAUACAAACGUCUUUCCACUACAUUUGGUUUGUUUUAACAAGUAGGAUUUUAUUUUAGGGUUCAAAGAAACAUGACAUUUAUCGGUCAGAUUAUUACACUGGUUGUCUAUUUUGUUAUUGUUUUAUUUUAGUUUUUAGAAAGGAUUAAUGUAAAAAAAAGAUUUAGAGAUCUGUUUCUUAAAGCUACAGGGUUUAAAAAUAAAAUAAAAAUGAGUGAAAAUACUUGAUGUUUCUUGAAAGAUAAAUUUAAUAAUAAAUAAAUAAUACAUAAAUACAUAAAUAAAAAAGAAAGCCACAGGCCUGUAAAUUUUAUUUGUAAAAAAAGCAUUUCUAUUUUUGUACAAAAUUUUUACUGCCUCAGAAAUAAUGGAAGUUAUUUAUUGCCUAUUGUUAACUUAUUGGGUACCUAAAGAGCAGUUCUCUGUGCUAGCUAGAUCCUUUUGAAGUAGUCUCUAGAGGAAUCGUUCUAGGAAUGGGCUUUUUUUCACCGUUGAACCCUAGGCCUACAGUUCAUGCUUUUCCCUCUUGUUGUUCGUAUCUGUCUGACGACUUUGUGCGUAGCUUCCAUGAUCUAUCUAGUUUAUAGUUCGGCCGUCUGACUCUCCCCCAUAUGUUACAUCCGUUGAAACUGGAUCCUCCUCCCCUCCCCUCGCCAGCCCCACCCCAAAACUCCCGGAAUCCAUCCCCUCUCCUCCUCUGGAUGGAUUCUCUUGGGGUUCCAUUGUGCUGUGGAUAAAGAUUGUAAGAAAUGCAAAUUACGGGAAUGGCUCUGUAGACUCCCCGAUGACCUAAGAUUUGCAUUAGUUUUUCUCCUGCACCCUUAAGAGUGAUUUUGUUGCUGCUGCGUAGAUUCUGUGUAACUUUUUACUCUCCCUUGUUUUCUCCCUAGACAUCUUCAUGCCCGUUAGUUCACCGUUUGCCUAGCAUGUCCCUGUGGCGUCUCAAAAAAAAAAAAAGUUUCAUCGUCCCGUCAUUGUUUCUGAUGUCUUUCUGACCUCACAUCACAUUUGGUUCUCCUACUGACCUUUGAUCUAGUUUGACCUUUGAAAUUUGCAUGUGACCUCAUCUAGCUAUGAAUUCUGGGAAGUCAAUGUGAAAAACAUUGCUGCAUUCAUGCAAGACUGAAAUUUAUUAUUAGACAAAUUAAUCAUAGGAAAAAAAAAAACAAAAAAAAAACCUGUGGCAAAAACGUUUCUUUCUUAUUUUUUUUUUCUUUUCAUAAAACAGACUUGAAAGUAUUAUACAGGGAUUGGCAUUCUUCCCGGUCACUGGUAACAAUAGCAAUAUGUGUCCAGGGACACAGAAUGUUGGUUUCUAACAGACUACUUCCAAAAACAGUUUGAGAAAAAAAACUGUCUGAUUUUAAGUCUCUAGAGGUCUGUAAUAGUUUUUACAUUUUUCAGGCAGUGUAAAGUUUUUUGAUAAGGCCAUUUUAGGUGGCUCACUUUCUCAUUAAGAUAUAUAUAUAGAACCACUUUUUGUAGAUUAGUAUAAGAAAAAAUAUUUACCCUGUUUUGGGGCAAAUGCUACCUAUUUGUGUCACCUUUUGCUGAACUGACUCACAGUUAGACAAUCCAUGGUUUAAUGCACAUGAAAUUACCUAUAUUUUAUACUGUUUCAAUGUACAGGAGAAAGGUUACUGUAAACUGUGUUAUGUUGGUGCUUCUGUGAAUUAAGUUGUGGUUUCAAUCAUGAGUCUUACGGUCUUAAUGUUCUCUGUUGAUAAGACAAGUUUAGAAUUGGUUUACUUAAAGAAUUUCAAAAAAAAAAAGUUUGCUUAAAAAAAAAAAUUUCAUGUGAGGGGAAAAAAAAAAAAAAAAGACCCUAUUCCAGAAUAAGUUUUGUGUUGGCUUGUAAAGCAUUGAUGUCAUUUUUUUUUUAUUAUUGUGGACUAUUUAGAUGUGUUUGUGUUCAGCAAAAUGUGAUUUUUUUUUCUUUUAAAGAAAAAAAGUGAAAAUAUAUAGUGCCAAAUUCCAAAGGUACUUCCUUCCUAGAGCUUCAGUGUGUUUCUUGUGAGAAGUAAUUUGAUAACAUGGGUAUUUUAUUAUGUGUUUUGUAUAAAUCCCUAAUAUUUAAAAAACAAAAAACAAAAAAAAAAGAGGUUAAAAAGUUUGUUAACUUGCUAUCCUGUGGUCUUGUUGCCUGAAAUUGUUAUUGUUUGUUAUUUCUCUAUGAUGUUUUUUGUAAGACAUUGUAUAAGUGCCCAUGUCUCACUUUUUUAACCGCUCUGCACAUCAAUGCUGUGACGGCAACCUCACGAUGUAUUUCCUUCAUAAUAUAUGGAAACCUCUAAGGUGAGAAAGUUUUGAACUUCUAACCCUUUCUACCCAGAGCUGUCUGGAGCGUUGGUAACUUUUUAUACCAUUGUCAUUUUUGUUUGUUCUGGGGUGUUUCUAAUUUGGAUCUCCUCCCCCCCCCCCCCCCCCCCCCGCCCACUCAUACAUCUUCUCUUUUGAGUUUUUUUCUGUCUGUCCUACUUUUUUACCCAUUGGUGGAGAUCCAAAAAAAAAAAAAACCUCCACAAGUCAAAUCUGAAGAGAAAAAAAAAACCUAUUUUCAUCCUCUCUGGGUUUUUUUCCCCUACACUAUUUUUUUCUUUUACUUUUGAUUAUUUCUGGUCAUUUUUUUUUUUUAAUAAUGUACUGCUGAAAUUCCUUCUCUGGUAUUCAUUUAAAACAGUUAUUGGGUAAGCCUUCUUCUAUGGGGGAUGUUAGAUUCAGCACCUACAUUAACCUUAAAUUCUAUAUGCUUUUGAGAUCAGGUGUAGGGGUAUGUUCUAGUUCAGAAUAUUUUCAUAUAGCUUCCAGUUAAGCGACUGCGACUUUGUGAUGGGGUAGUAUUUUGAGGGAUUUUUGUUUCUUAGUUUCUAAUCAGCCAUUGUGCUGGGCAUUCGCUGAUCCCAGUAGAUACCUCGGAUUUAAGCAAGGUGUCUGGGGUUAGAAGCUGAUAGUCCUUUCUUUCCCUUUUUUGUUAAUUUUAUAAAUUGAAAUCAUUGAAAGGGGUCUGACCAUAUAACUCUGUUCUUUACCACUGACCAAAUACCUAGCACCAGAUCCUGCUGCCACUUUGUAAAGUGCCAUAUUACUUUGACUUCAUGUUGAACAGAUCUCUUGCUGUCUUGACAAACCCCAGUGUCAUCCCUGAAAACCCCAACACAAACUCCUGCCUUCUUGAAAGCAGGCCCUGGAAGCUUCUUUGUCUCUAAAGGAGUUCAGAAACUGCUGGCUCCCUUUCCUUGCUCCUUUUCCCACUCACCACUCUGUUUGGUUUAAUGUGUGUGUGGACGUGAUAGCCCUGGGAUGGAAAGGACUAGCCUCUAAUGAUGCAAAAACAAAAAAAAAAAACAAAAAAAAAACAAAAACAAAAAACAAAAAAAAAAACAAAAAAAAAACACAAAAACUAAACACAAAACAAGUUUCCUUCUUAUAGCACAUGCACUUAACAAUGAAAUGAUUUGUAUUAUCCUCACACGUGUUUACUACUGCUGGGGCCUUCCUUCAUCCUUUGAGGGCUAUUUUGUACUUCCUGCAGCAAUCAGCUUAAUACCAGGAGUCAUCGCACAUCUCUCUCACAUACAGCUUAGGGUGGUUUGCGGACGCAAAGAACACAAGAGAACACCAUCUGAAUUUCAAAAUGUCCUCCUCUCCUUUCACCCACCUGCAUCUCCCCAAGAGGAGCCUGAGUGCCGGUGACAAGAGGCUCAGGAUGGGCACUUCACAUUGGGUGUUUCUUAUUUUGCAGGCAACCAAAACAGUACAUUUUGGAAGAAAGUUUUUGGUUUUUUUGGUUUUUUUCUUUGUUUUUUUUUUUUUGGUUUUUUUUUUUUGGUUUUUUUUUUUUGCAUGUCUGCAUUGUUUAAAAGCUGACCCUCCUCAGAGACAAACUGUCCUUUUAUUCACUUUAUCUUUUAAUAUCAAAAGGAAAAAAAGCUGCAAGGGUGCAAAGGGCCUAUGCCAGAAGGAAAAACACACAGGGAAACUGCUUUUUUUAAAAUCAAGUGUAGAGAAUAGUCAUUUUUACACUAAAUUAGAGAAUUGUGAUAAAAUGGCAGUCCUCAAAGGCGUAACAAGUUCAUCUUUCUUUCACCAUAGGGGUUAUAGUUCUUUGGCUUGUGCUACUCUGGACUCAUUUUACUGUUUGUUUUUAUUAUCUUAAGUGCUAAUUAACAAGAAGAAAUAAAAUUUUAAAAAAACCUGUAGUUUCAUUACCUUUUUGAAUAAUGUCAUACAAAAAAUGUAUUUGUGUUUUUUUGUGCUGUGAGAAUUGUUGUUUGUAGAUUAAUAAUAUCAUUUUGUUUAGAAUUACAAAAUAGUUUUUAAAUAUUGUCUGAGAAAAGCCAAAGUUAAUGCAACCUAGUGGAAACUGUAAGACCAUUUGAGUAUUGUUUGUUUUAUUGAUGCAUUUGGAUUUUGUUGUUUGAUGGAAUUUGAGCCAAAAAAAAAAAAAAUACGCAGGCUUUCCUAUUUCUACAACUGAUUGUACUUACGCAUUUUGUACCAGUGGAACUUUUUAUACUGGAGAUUAAAAAAAAAUGGAAAUUUUUGUGGCUUACUCUAGUGGCCCCCUGACAAUGACUGGUUUCAAGUUUGAUUUCUGGUUGAUAGAAAGAAAGUUGCUUUUCUUUUGAGAAUUAAAAACUUUGGCUUGAUUUCUUUUUUCCCUUUGCUUAUAUCUAGCAUUAGAAUUUUGUCUUAAAAUACAGCGGUAAGUUUCACUUUUUAUUCUGUAUUGUGCAGUUACACAAUAAGGUAAUUAGAUUUAGAAGUACUCAGUCACUUUAAGUGGAUAAAUGUAUUAGUUACAACUUUAGGGGUUUGCUUUUUUGCUGUUUAGAUCAAAGUUUUUUCUGAUUCUUCUGUCCUCAUUGUGAACAUAACCGUGUAGUUGAAACAGUCAAACUUAUUUUUGUAACGUAUGUUAUUGUGUGAUGCAGUUUUUUGCUUCUGUCUCCAAUAUUAAACCAUUUUCCUAAUA